AUGGAGGCAACAGUAGUGGUUGGGUUGGUUGUGGCUGUAGCCGUGGUGGCUUUGGUGUACGCCAUUCAUUCUGGACUUUUCCACAAAGUGAGGGUAACCACAGGUGCGCCCCCUAUCGGAAAGUUCCUGGGUGCGUACCGGGACUACCGAGGUCCGUACCGAGCGUCCGGUCAGACCUUCCGGGCGUUAGGCGCAGUUUGCCCCGACAGGAAAUGCUUCGGCAUCUGGUAUGAUGAUCCAGACACGGUCCCCCCAGAGAAGCUGCGAUGGAUUACAGGCGCUAUCGUGUCGGAGGGUGACGAGAAACCUGACCCGGAAACAGUCAAGGCUCUGCAGGACAAGGGCUACAAACUACAGGAAUUCCCUGCUGUUGCCCGUGCGGUCCGGACUUCCUACCCGUUCGUGAACACCCUUUCAAUCAUCCUAGCUGUGGGGAGGGUGUACGGAGCACUGGCCGACUACAUCAAGACCCGUGGCCUGGAGGCCGGUCCGUUUGUAGACGUGUAUGACCGCCCCAACACCGUGAGUCACUUCAUGGCGCCUCUGGAGUUACACGACAACUUCUACGUACCGGAGGUCAAGGGGUCUUCCUGAACAUUUUAGGCCCACCACAGAUAGAUGAUUCUUCUUAAGAUUUGCUCUUGUCUUUUUUGAAAGAUAUACAUUAAACAAUACAUGCAGAUUUUUCAUCAUUUUAGCCUGCUGGGUGCCAUCCUACUUGUAUGCCGGGGCUCCCAUACUCGCUCCCUAAGAACUAUUUGUUAGGAAGCGAGUAUGGGAGCCCCGGAAUACAAAUAGAAUGGCACUCCAUGAAUCCAAUAAGAUGGCUAUUUACUGUCAUUACUACACGCAUUUCUUUAGUCUAAUUUUGAAUAGUUGUUACAGGUUUGACUCUUUAACCUAGUAAGCUUAAUGUGGGAGCGCAAUUGUACGUAUUUUGGGUUCUAUUAUAAUUGUUUUCUCUCCUCGACAACAGCAGCACAGUAUAAGAGGCAGUUUAUAACUUUUAUUGUAAGAAAUGGUUUCCACGUAUGUUUGAUACAAAUGUUGCAAGAAUCUGUCCAUUAAAUUGCUACAUACUGACAACCAAUACUUUCUUACAAUCUGGAAUAAAGCUAUGGAUAAAAAAUCGGAUACUUGUUAUACUAGUGUCAUAGAAAAAUAAUUAAAACAUAUCGACAUUGCAUUCAAAGUCGGAGCACAUAUAUGUCAAAUGGCAGACAUUGUUCUUGUAUUCCUUUUGUAUUUCUUUAUAGUAACGAUGAUUAAGUAGUUAUACAAUUCACAAUUAAUGCGUGUAUCAGAAAUAUUCUGACAUUUCUUUUAAGAGAUAUUCUGAUAUUUCUUUCUUUUCCGUUCAGUCUGUUUAUCCUUUUAAGGUAUACAGCAUAUAUUUCCACCUUUAAUAUUCAUUUAUAGAGUGUCAACUUAAAAACUCACUCUUCCACAUAGAAUAUAAA